AUUGACAGCUAGUGGGGGUUAGGGGCCUUACGGCUAGAUUGAAUUGUACUUGCAUGCGCCCACAUAAUUUCCCGUUAUAUAUUAAAAAUUGGUUAUUUAAUAACCGUUCAAUAUUCGGUGAAAAACUUUAAGAUAUAUAAAACAGUGUAUUCGUUACAAAAUGUCGCACCAAACCGGAAUUCAAGCUAAUGCAGAAUUAAAGAAGUACAUCAGUAAAUGUAGAGAUGGGAAAAUCAGAUUAUUAAAAAUAAGCAUAGAGAAUGAGGAAUUAACAUUAGCGAAAUAUCAAUCAGUCAAAGGAUCAUUUGAGCAAGAUUUUGAUAAAUAUAUACCAUCCUUAAUUGUAGAAGAUCUUCCAUGUUAUAUUUUAUAUAGGUUCGACACAUCUAACUCCUUGGGAUAUGAGUGGCUUUUACUGAGUUGGUCUCCAGAUAGUGCGCCCGUGAGACAGAAAAUGUUGUACGCGUCAACAAAAGCAACUCUCAAGCAGGAAUUUGGUUCAGCACACAUCAAAGAUGAAAUGCAUGCCACGAGCAAGGAAGAAGUAUGUUUGAAAGGUUAUCAAAUUCAUGUAAGCGGUGUCAACGCUCCAGCUCCUCUCACCGACAGGGAGGAGGCUUUGAAAGAAUUACGGGAAAGUGAACAUGAUCCAAACUAUAGCACAGACUCAAGACAAUCGACUAUGGGAGGAAUAUCAUUUCCUAUAACAGAAUCAGCUAAACAGGGUAUACUUGAUCUCCAACGUGGUUCCUAUAACUAUCUACAGUUUAAAAUAGAUUUAGAGGAUGAAAAAAUUUGCCUAUCAAAAGCGGCAAUAAUAAGUCUGACUGAGCUACCAGCUCAGGUUCCGAGCGACCAAGCGAGAUACCACGUGUACAUAUUCAAGCACACACACGAGGGUGACCAUAUCGAAAGUGUGGUGUUUAUCUACUCCAUGCCCGGAUACAGCUGCAGUAUAAAGGAACGAAUGAUGUAUUCUAGUUGUAAAGGUCAAUUCUUAGAAAUCAUGGAAAAAAUGGGCCUCGUCGUGGAAAAGAGGCUGGAAAUAGACGACGGUAAAGAAUUGACCGAGGAAUAUUUGUAUGAUGAAAUUCAUCCAAAGAGGAAUUUGCAUCGGCCGGCUUUCGCAAAGCCAAAAGGUCCGCCGAAUAGAGGAGCGAAAAGGAUAACAAAAGCACAGUCAACACAAUAAUUUAUUUAUCUAUCUUUAUUUCAAUAAAUAUAUUUAAGCUGUCUUGUUUCUAAAA